AUGCCCAACGAUAGUUCAGAGCCACCAACGUGCUUCAGCUGUACAUUGCAAUUGACGGAAACUAUACAUGUUAAAUGUAAUGAGUGUCCAGUCAGCGUCUGUAUGCUUUGCUUCCAAUGUGGCGCCGAAUCUUCACCACAUAAGCGAGGACACAACUAUGAGCUCGUGAAACCAUACGAAGAUGGUGAUGGAAUGACUUGGACCCAUCAAGACGAAUUCGAGUUGCUGAAAGCUGCUCAUAAGUUUAAAAUGGGCAACUGGGGAGAGAUUGCCGAGAGCAUUGGCCGCGGGCGGAGAGACGGGCAACAUUGCAAGGACUACUUUGAAAAACACUUUGUACGCGGAUGGAUCGGGCAGUAUUCAAUUAAAAAAGCACAUUGGGAAAAGACAAAGUAUGAAAUGAGCAUCAAUCAAACACUGGACAGUGUACUACAGAAGAGCUGUUUGGAAUCCACUGAAAGAAUGUUGCUGAUAGCUGACGCUUAUCGGGAUUCCGGAGAAAAUCUCGACGUUCACGAUGCUAAACUCGGAGCCAAAGUUCAACAGAUUUUGGAAAAGUAUAUCCAAAAAUGCAUCGACAACGAAAUAGAAAUCAAAUAUGAACGCCCUCAAGCUCUCAAGGGUCAAUAUCACACCGUGUUGGAGGUAGAUCCACUGGAUCCGGACGAUAAAAAAUCUCGUAAAUCGGUGACACUGGAAGUGAAGAUGGAAGUAGGAUCAGACGUUAGCGAUAACGAGGAGACACCCGAGCCAUCAAGUAGCACUCGUCGUAAUGGGCCGCCAAGCCCGAAAAAGAAGAAGACCACACGAGUCAUUAGAGAAUCUAGUACCGACUCAGAGAAAACACCCUCCGAUAAUGAACGACUAGAACGCGACACAGAGGACGAAGAUCAGGCUGCUAGUGAAUUCGAAACUUGUCCAGAAUUUUCGGAGGAUGAGCAAGAUAAGAAGCCGAAGAAAGGAGCAGCUACACCAAGUACCCGACGAAGAAAGAGGAAGAGGCUCAUGAUGUCGAAAAAGGAACGACGACUGAGCGAGUUCCGCAAGAAAAUGAACCGAGAGCAAAAUAUGGUUGAAAACAAGCUGAAAAUGGCAACUCUGCGUGGAAUCUGUUCCUCCGACGAAGUCAAGCUGUUGAGACAAGAUUUCCCUCGAUUGAUUCAUGAGAAUGGUGUUUCCAAGUCAGAUCGUCCGAAAAUAAGACAAAGCACGGAGCUCAAUUUACUUGGAUACAAUAUUGAGCGAGAAGAGUUUGAAACCGAGUGGUUCAAUGAAGCAGAACAACUCAUCAGCCGACUUACGAUUUCCGCUGCACCGCCACAGGUUGAUGAGAGAUUGGAUUGGGAGAACGAUAUCAAGUUUGCUCGCCUGAGACACUACAUCCGGCUGCUUGGAAUUCGGAAAGCAAAAAGAAACACUGUUCUCGAACAUGACAAAAUCAACGAAUUUAUCCGUUGGUACAAAGAAGCAUGUCUUCUGUCGAAGAAUAAAUCCAUGUCAGAGAUGAUGGAUUCACGCACUGAAAAGGAAAAACUCUUGGCUAUGACCCAACAAUUCUUGAAGAGAGAUGAGUAUCAGGCUCUACGAGCAAUUCUCGAAAAAAUCGACGCGAUGACUGAACGAAUUGAAGUUCUUCAAGACUUGCAAAGAAACGGUGAAACGUCACUCCGAAACGCUCCUGUUGAACGGAAAACAAAAAAGAAAAUGAGAAAAAUCGACUGUGAACACCAGAAAAAGAUCCAUAUGGAAUGGAACAAGUUCAAGAAAUGGCACACCGACGGCUGGAAGUGA